GCUUAUGAACGCCGGUUCCCCACCUGUCACCUGAUCCCUAUGUUUGUGGCAAGUGACGUGGUGGAAGAGGAGACCAACGAGGACGGCUCCACCACCCGAGUGCAGCGCCGCUGCGCACUGGAUGUUGACGCCCCGCGCCUGCUCAAAAGGAUUGCGGGUGUGGACUAUGUGUACUUCAUCCAGAAUAACACUCUCAACCGCAAGGAGAGGACACUUCACAUCGAGUCCCAUAAUGACACCUUCUCCAACAGAGUCAUCAUCCAUGAGACCUGCUGCUAUUCGGUUCAUCCGGAGAAUGAUGCCUGGACGUGUUUCGAGCAGACCGCCAGCCUGGACAUCAAGUCCUUCUUCGGCUUUGAGAGCAACGUGGAAAAGAUUGCUAUGAAGCAGUAUGCCAGCAGUAUCAAAAAGGGAAAAGAAAUCAUCGAGUUCUACCUGAAGGAGCUUGAAGAUGAAGGGAUCACCCAGGUGCCCCGCUGGACUCCCUCCUCCCUCCCCCUACCUGUCUCCAGACCCACCAGCCUCUUCACCAGCCUACCUGCCCCCCCUAAACCCGCCAUCACCUUCCCCAUUUCUAUCCCACUGCCCAUCAACGCUAAGGACAGCAACUCUCAGGAUGACACGCAGGACAGCCGCACACUUCAGGCAGACGUCCUGACGGAGAUCCUGACGGGGACACCCGAAGAUAAGUUGGAUUCGGACUAUAUCAAACGUUACCUAGGCGACCUGACCCCUCUGCAGGAGAGCUGUCUGAUCAGACUUCGCAAAUGGCUGCAGGAGACGCAUAAGGGAAAGAUCCCUAAGGACGAGCACAUACUGCGCUUCUUGCGUGCCAGGGACUUCAACAUGGAUAAGGCACGGGAGUUCCUCUGCCAGUCGUUGACCUGGAGGAAGCAGCACCAGGUGGACUACCUGCUGGAGACCUGGAGCUCACCUCAGGUCCUCCAGGACUUCUACACCGGAGGCUGGCACCACCACGACAGAGGUAGGACCUAACGGAGGGCAUCAGUG